AUGGCAGAACCUUUCAAGAGGUAUUCCCGGGGGGAAGGGGGGAUGCUUCACUCUGAUUAUCUGUGCGCUUUCGUUCGUCUCUGUCUGCAUUCAUUCGUAUCUGUCGGCAACAACCAGUCAUCUUUACAUCUCCGCAGAGUUGCGUCGAACUGGGUCCUUGAUUUUCUGUUGGUUUCACUGUCGGAGUCAACAGGUUGGUGAAACUCGCGGCCCGUGCUUUCUACGACGACUUCACCACCAAGGGCGAUAACCGGCCGAGGACUGGGAGAAGCGACAAUCGGGGUUUGGGCGUCGUGGUCCUUGACGCCCUCACCAGGUGCGCUUUAUUUUUUUCAGUUCUUUAGAAAAAAAGACAAAAAGACUGGGAACGCGGAUGCAAGAGUAUCAAGUUCAUCUCUACCAACUUGGAGUGCAUCCAGCUAUGUGAGGAAUUCUAUGCAUACGUAAAAAAAUAGGCCUUGGCUGAGUGCAGUGUCACGUGGCCAUGCAAGUAGUAAUAGAGUGGGCCAGCCAGCGGGAUGUCUUCACUUUGCAGUGACCUGUAACGGCUAUAAUCUUACAGUGGACAAUCGCCUUCGCUCUGGAUUUGGAAUAUUCCACGUUGUUUGUUUCCAGAUUCACCUUCAUCAUGUUGCCGGGAUGAGUCACCAAUUUUCCGGGCCAAUUACUGAAAGGGCAAUUUUAUUCCUCCCAAUUCUAAAUUAUUGAAUGGAAAUUGACUCACCAAGAAUGAUAUAUUUGGAAGGACGAUCCAUUAAAUUUGAGUAUUGUCUAUGUCGACGAAUAUCUUCAGUAAAUAAGCAACAAAACUGGGAAUGAUUGGAGCAACCAUAUAUCUGACUCUUUCAGCGAUACAUUGAAGGUCUAAUAUGUGCCAAGCUAGUAAAAAAAAUAAAAAUUCUUCAUCACAUGAUAUAAUAUAUAUGGUCACUGAACUAUAUAUAAAUAGCAUAUUGCAUUAAUAAUGGAGGAGGAUAAUUUUUACUAGGAAUAUAGGACUCCAAGUUUCUUAGAGAAAUAUUGAUUUGAUGAGAUUCUCUUUUAUCCUAUAGUCAAAUAGGGUCUGUUUAUCGCAUUUUAAUUGUACAAGUGAAUGUUUGGAUCAAAUAACUUUGAAAUUUUAUUUCAAGUAGUUAGAAGUUAUAAUUUUAUGUCCUUUACAAACUUAUGUUUUAUGUUUUUCUAUAGCCAUAUUAAUGAGAUACUAAUAAAUUUGAUAAAUAUUUGCUUUUUUGUCGGAUUGGUGUUUAGCUGGCUCGUUCUUUCCCCACUCGGUUUGCAUGGUUCACCAACAGCAAGCAGUAUUUCUAUAAAUAAUAAUUUGAACUUUGCGAAUUUGAAGUGGGCUGUUGUCAUCCUUGAUCCCUGUUUCACUGGAAAACUUGGCAUCAAUUCUUCUAUCGAAAUGAAAUUAUUCUCACUUGAAAACUGGUUCUUAUAAUUGUUCAACGCAUUUUGUUUAAAUUCUAUAUCACGAGUGGGUUUCAAUGAAACAAAUUUGAAAGGAAUGAUUUCAAGUCUGGGGCAUAAUGAAACUUGGAGAUGGAUCAUCUGCAUGUGAACUUUUUUGCCGUGUUUUUGUCAAUCUCUUGUUCUUUUUCGUUCUCAGGCGUCAGUGGGUAAGAGAGGAAGAUUUGGCAAGGUCUUUGAAGGUGCAUAGCAAGCAGCUUCGUCGCAUUUUACGGUUUUUUGAAGAGGAGAAGCUUGUUAACAGGUAUCACCGAAAAGAAGUAAGUAUUUAUCACGGAAGUGCAUCAACAAUGUUUUUCAUGGGGAAUACCAUCCCAUAUGCAACCUUAAAAUUUUCAAGGAGAUGCCAUGGCUUGAUGUCGUCUUGGAGGCUCUAAAAAUCUAGGUAGGCUAGGUUAGCUUGGAUGGUCCUAUUCAACUCCUAUAUAGGGUUUCAAAAAAUACUACUGAUUUGAUUGUGGCAACGACUGUGGUUGAACAUUGCAUGAUUAUGGCAUGGAUCGUGAUCUAGUAUUGGCAUGUCAUGACACAUGGUGUUCACAAAAUGGCGCAGUGUACUUUGAUAUAUGGUUUGCACCAUGUGCAUGGGAUCACAUAGCCAUUAUAUAUACUUUUAAUGGAUAAAUAAGCGUCAUAUAUUAGCAUAUUAUCAUGAUUAACUUAUUUUUAAACUUUAUGAUCUACUGCUUGAUUGCCUUGGUUAUCUUAAAAUUCUCCUUCAAUAUCUAUUGGUAGAACGUCAUACCAGACAACCAAACUAAUAACCAACCUACAAGAGUACCAGACAUCAUUCAGUAGUUUGUAAUCAGACAUGGUCUACAAGUAGGCAAGGGUAUGGUUCUCAUGUCGAGUCCAUCCAUCAGAGAGUCAAUUCGGAUAAAGAUUUAAUAGCUCAGUCGCAUUUAAAACCAAUCUGCGCGUAUCUCCACUGCAUGUUAAAUGAAUAUGAAGUGAACUCGUGCACCUCUAAUCAUUCAACUCACUUGGUGUAAAUAGGAUGUACCUCAUAAUAUUAUCCUGCUGGUCAUCAUCAACAAUAAAUUUUUGGCAUGUUAAGAUUACACCAUGAGAAUUGUAAUUUAUCUGAUGAGUCUCAUGUGAGGCUCCACAAACGAGAUCAAGUCUCUAUCUCCGUAUUGCGUGGGGUAAAUUUUUUAAUAUGAAAUGAUUGGAAAUGUUAUCCGACCGAUUACAACCAGACAUAUCUGAAUUGAAGGGGAUUCCGUUUAUUUUGGAUAUUUUGAAAAAGAUAAAUUCAAAAGAUAGAGGCAGCUUUUGGAAUUCAGGGAAUAUGUAGAUUUGAUAGCGUUACUUGGAUGAAAUUUUAUGGUAAUUUUAUCAAUAUUUACUAAUUCGUGUAGUAUCUGAAGAUUUAAUCGCAUUUGGUGUUGUUUAUGAGGCCUUGAGCGGUUAUAAUUUUGUUAAGUGAACAUAGUUUACAAAGCUGGUGCUAUAAUUUCUAACUGCAUUUGGAUACCUUUUGUGUAUUUUUUCACUACAGACAGUCAAAGAUGCGAAGAUAUCUAGUGCUGUGGUAGCUGCCAUUUGUGAUGGUACUCAAAUUGUCAAAGAGGGUGAUGAAAAGAUGAAGAUUCAUACCCACUCUUAUUGCUGCUUAGAUUAUGCACAGGUUUCCUGGCUAAUGUUUUUCCUUUUUUAUUUUUUCCUGGUCAACUAUCGUGAUACGUCUUUUUGACAUCGUGGGUAGUUUGUUGGUAGUGAAAUCUCAUGGUUGCUAUGAUCAUUUGUUCUCUUAAGCAGUCAUUCCGUACAUUAUCCUUGGAGUUAUUACUCAAAUCAUCGGGUGCAUAUAUACUUUAUUCCUGUUUCUGAUGCCUUUUGGAGGAGCAUACGCUUUGAAGAGUUUGUCGAAGCAUGGAUUCAAAAAACCCUGAUUCUUGGUGGUUUGGCCAAAUAUGCGGGAAUUGAGUACUCAAAUCUUUUACUUCGGGAUUCUCGGAUUAUGCACAGAUUUUCCCGAUAAUAUUUAUUUUCCUUUUUCCUCACCAAUUUUCUGGAUAUUGGAUUUCAUGGACUGGUCAAUGUUGAUGCGAAUCAGUUGAUUAUAGAUUUCACUCAGGCUACUAACCUGGGUCUAUUUUAUACUUUAUUGAACUGUACUCUUAUGUGGUGCACUGCAACUGAUCAUACUGUCGAGUUGAUGGUUUGAUUUUCAAUUUUCGUUAAUAUCAUGCACUGCUGCACGAAUCUCGUCGUUAUGUUUUUAAAUUUCAUAUUAUCGAGCAUGCUUGCAGAUAUAUGAUGUAGUACGAUAUCGGUUGCAUCGCAUGAAGAAAAAACUGAAAGAUGAAUUGGAGGGCAGGAACACGAUUCAAGCAUACAUCUGCCCAAAUUGCAGCAGAAGGUGCUUCUAGCGCUAGUAAAUAUCCGUAGUCUAAUCCUAUUUCAUCUAGUCAGAGUAUUCAUGUCUCGAUGCUGUUCAUGUGCUUAGAUAUUCAGCUUUUGAUGCACUCCAACUUGUAAGCCCAAAUGACGAUUACUUCCACUGCGAAAAUUGCGAUGGGGAGCUUGUUGCUGAAAGCGAAAAAAUAGCUGCUGAAGAAAUGGGAGAUGGGGAGGACAGCUCUAGGAAACGACGCCAUGAAAAAUUGAAGGACAUGCUCCAGAAAAUGGAGGUCAGAUGUCAAUCGUGUUUAACAGCAUUUUCGCAGUUACUAGUUGUACAACUAGAAAUAAUUAGUUGCCUUUUAAUUUGAGCUCCCUUUUGUAGUCACAUGUCAGUAAGAUUUAAUUUUUUAAAAAAACAUUUAUCCUGUUUUUGUUGAUGCAGUGCGACUUUUCUUCGAUUAUAUCUCACACUACCAACUGAUUUUAAUUUUUCUGCAAUAGAUGAUCACGUAGAUUUUUAUUCCCGGAACAAAAAGUGUCACUAGCUAUGCAUCACAGGUGCAGAAGCUGGGACGAAUCCUAGGGUACCUUUGGUGGAUAUUUCAUGGCACUGGUGACGAAUAAAUGUAGUGGAAUAUCUGAAAAGAAAAGCGUUUUGACUUUUGAAGUUGCAAGAAAUUAUCAAAUAGUAUUAAUUUUUUUUGUCAUCCAGCUGCCGACAAAAGGGAUAAAAAGUCCAGGCUCAUCUUCAUGCCAUCAAUUUGAACGCAGCAUGCAGGAGCAUUGUUAGUUUAAUGCACAAAAUUACUCAUCAGACAUAGAUUUCUCUUUGAUUCUCUUUCUUUCCGACUCUUAUGUAAUUUCGGAAACGUUAUGUCGCCGUAGUAUUGUAUGUGAAAUGAUUCCAUAUUCUUUGUCUCUAACGUAUGCAGGAGCAACUUAAGCCACUGACUAUGCAGCUUGCUAGAAUGAAAGAUUUGCCUGUCCCCGAGUUUGGAACACUCCAAGCAUGGGAAGCCAGAGUCAAAGCUACUCAUGUUGCAACAACGGGUGAUGCGAGUCUGGCUGAUUUAUCCAAGCCCUUCCAGGGUCUAGGGUACGGUGGCACACCAAUGGCCUGUCUAGGCGAGACGAAGGUAUGCUGUCCUAGAUGACUAGAUACUCUCAGACGUAACGUCUCUUCAUAUUUAUCUUCUUUUGAUAUUUUAGCUGUUGAUGUUUCUUAACGUUUGACCAAAAAUAUGGCAAGUAAAUGCAAAAUUGAAAUUCCUCUGCUCGAAGGAGGAAACAAGGGGCCUAUUUUCAAAUAAUUCUUUGAUGCUAUCGCUGGUUAGGCUUGAAUUCUUUGAUGAUAUCUUGUAAAAAAACGCUUGAACCUUUACCCAAAAAAGUACUGCACAAUGUUCAGUUCCAAAUAAAUAGGUAGAUAUCAAGUUAUACAUCUAAAUAUCUGAUUUUUUUUUUCUGAAUUUGUAUGUAUGAACUCUUGGGUGAGUAUUUUCUAGUCCAAUAAGAUUUUAGUAAACAUUUUUUAGCCUUCAAACUUGGUAAUAAUUUUUUCAGGGAUUUUUUUUAGCCUAAUAAUCUUUGUCAAGUCAUUCGGCCCAGCCAGCCCCCGAUCUAGAAUGGAUUCGAUGGGAAUGUCACCGGUAUAUUUUCCAUACACAGAGAAUUAGGACUGAUAAUCUUCCAAUAAAGGUGAUGCUAUUUAGGACAGCAUUAUUUUCAUCCUUUUGAUCUGUUGUUCCUGAAAUUUAUGUCAUGUGAAGCCCAUGACAAUUCGCAAUUGAUCAAACUUAGCUUAAAAUAGUAUAAUUUCGAGUUUUGAAUAAGGGUAUACGGGUUUGGUUCUUUCCAUGGCUCUCCCCCACUCCUCAUCUCUUCCAUCGGCAUUUUAGCUGAAAAUUUUCUGUCCCCAUGGUACGAUCUGUGCAGGUUGAGGUCACAAUUUCUGGUUCAGAUGCAAGGGAGGAGGGCGCCGAACCUGAUGCCGCCACGCCCACAAAGGUUCUACCUCCAUGGAUGAUCAGGCAAGGAAUGAGCCUUUCAAGAGACCAACGUGGAGAGGCUGCUCCAAUGAACGCCAGCCCAGCACUCCUUGAUCAGAAGCAAGAAGAUGGAAAAGAGGGCACAGAGAGCUUGCAGGUGAAUGGAGAGAUCAACUCCUCCAAGUUAUUAUUACCGUCUGAUUCUCGGCAAUAAGCUGAGAAAUGACCCUUUUUUCUUGGCAUUUCUUCUGUCAUAGGAGGAGUAUGUUACAGCCUUUUACGAGGCCUAUGCUAAGAUGCAGAUGGAGUUGGCAGAGGCCGCCAAGAAGAAGGCAGAAGAGCCCGAAGUAUCUCAGCCAUUAAUACCCAUCCUUUCAAGCGAGGUCACUGCUGGAACCUCCUGCCGUCAAGUCGGUGUGAAGUCAAAGAGGGAGGAGCUCGAAUGGGAAGAAGCUCCGCCGAUAGGUAGAUGCAGACUGACUCAACCCGUCCUUCAUAAAUUUAUGACUUUCAGUUGAGGCUACUUCUACUACAACCACAGCAAGAUACCUCAUUACCGAUAAAAAAAAAAAGAAAAGGAAAAGAAAAGACGUGUUCCAGCCCUUCCCAUGAUGGGUAUUAACUGGACAUAUGAACUAGCAAUCCGAAUUUUUUUCAUCAUCUCCUUGUGGUGUCGACUUCUUUGCCGUGUAUUUGAGAAAGCCAUCUUCUUGCUGUUGCUGCUGCUGCUGCUUGUGUGUUGAUGGAUGCACCCACUGAUUCUGCAGGUUUUUCGGGUGAGCUUCCGCGAGCAGAUCGUUCGAGGGUUCGAGCUGAUGUCUCUGAAGAAGACGAGGAUGAAGAGCUAGUAUGGGAGGAAGGUUGA